GCUAAGCUGAGCAGCAUCGUCUUCAUCAUCACAGUACAAAUGAAGAAGUAUGGCUGCACACUACAAAUAUGUCCCCGUGUUUUAACCAGAGCCAUGGUUAAAACAUUUCCAAGCGGACAGAACACUUUUUCACCAUGAGGAUCCACUGCAAGGUUGUGGCGAUCGCGGUAUGUUUCGGAGUUUUUCUACUUUUGUACUUUUUCUGGGGGAACGCUACGGACGAGCCGCCGCUGAAGGAAGUUGCGAAAGAAAAACAUUUUCAAUCCUUCAGUCAUAUCGAGGAUAUAGCACCGGCGAAUGAAGCGAAACAAACCAACGAAGAGCCACAAAAGCCACCGAAACUAAUCCGCAAAGAGCCGAAGUUGAGCGGCAGAGGAGGAGGAGGGAAUGUCAUCGCAAAGACUCGGCAGAAAAGUGAGGUGGGGCGUCCUGGGUCAAAGGUCACACAAGCAGAGGAUGUCAUGCACUUGGCAGUGGUGGCUUGUGGGAACCGUCUAGAUGAAACGCUCAACAUGGUUAAGUCAGCACUGCUCUUCAGCAUAAAGAAGAUCAAAUUUCACAUCUUUGCAGAGGAGGACCUGGCCAAACAAUUUGAAAAAGGGUUCAGUCAGUGGCCUCAGCCGGUGUCCUCCAGGUUUCACUAUAGCAUAUAUCCAAUCACCUUCUCUGUGGGGAAUGCAGACGAAUGGAAGAAACUCUUCAAGCCAUGUGCUGCCCAGAGGCUGUUUCUUCCCGUUAUCCUGAAAGACGUGGACUCGCUGUUGUACGUGGACACAGAUGUUCUCUUUCUUCGCCCUAUGGAUGACAUCUGGAAGUUUCUGAAGGCUUUCAACAGCACUCAGCUAGCUGCCAUGGCCCCAGAGCACGAGAUCCCCAAGAUCGGCUGGUAUAGCCGCUUCGCAAGACACCCCUUUUAUGGAGUCACAGGGGUCAAUUCAGGGGUCAUGCUAAUGAACCUCACACGGAUUCGUAGUACUCUGUUCAGGAACAGCAUGAUCGCCAGCGGUCUUUCGUGGGAAAAUCUGCUUCACCCUCUCUAUCAGAAAUACAAGAACCACAUCACAUGGGGAGACCAAGACCUCCUCAACAUCAUCUUCCACUACAAUCCAGAGUGUUUGUACAUAUUUCCAUGCCAGUGGAACUACAGGCCAGAUCACUGCAUGUAUGGAAGCAACUGCAAGGCUGCGGAAGAGGAGGGGGUGUCUAUUCUUCAUGGUAACCGUGGCGUGUACCAUGACGACAAGCAGCCCGCCUUCAGGGUGGUGUAUGAUGCCAUACGUGAGUAUCCUUUUGAGGAGAACUUGUUCCAGUCUUUAUUUUACCCUCUUCAGACUAAGUUCCUAGACACAGUUAACACCCUUUGUGGAAGGAUACCACAAGUGUUCCUCAAACAGAUUGAGAAGACCAUGAGGGCUGUUUAUGAGAAAAAAGUGGUGCGCCGUGUCCGACUGCCACACGAGUAAUGAGCCUCGACUGCAUUUCAGCAUCAUAAGGAAGAAUCUCGGCCUGCUGCUUGAAUCAGAGUGAUCUUUUUCAUCGAAGACGAGCAAUGCCAAAGGCAAGCUACAUUUGGUCCAUUAGGCACAGUAUGAGCUUCAUGAGCCAGAGGAGUUGGAGAUUUAAGCUGGAAGUUUCAUUUGAGCAGACGUUUUGGUCUGCUGAAUGGAAACCGCAAUGCAGGAUGAAUGGGAUACCAUCAAAACUCUUGAAACAGAGAAGUGACCAAAUGCAUCGAGUGUCUCCAACUGUGGGGAAACCAACCACCUGAAUGUUCCUGAAAGAAUAUGAGAGACUCGUUGACAACGCUGUUUUUAGCCAAUCCAAAAAUAUAGAUUCAUAACUGUUUAUUUACAACUGUGUUGUACCAUUUUUCAGCAUCUAGUUCAUUAUGUCUGGUAUUACACAAUUGGAGCAUUUGUGUCUCAGUAUAAUUUAUCUAAUUCUUGUCCUUAAGUGGCUGCACCAGUUUGUUUGUGCAUUCUGCUGCUAAACAACGCCUUGUUUUCAAGCCACACAAAUGAAUGUAGCAUGCAGAAACAACCAAAGAGAACUAGCCUGUCAGCCUUUAGAGCUCAGCAAGAUUCAGUUUAAGCACAGCCCUAAUGGUGGAUGAUCACACUGUUUACAUUGAAGAUGACUUGUUAGUAAGACUACUAGAAAGAAGCCUGAUGUUGUAAUUUUGUCAUUGGGGUUGCAUUUUAAUAUAUAUAUAUAUAUAUAUCAUUUCAUGAGAAAACCUUUUGUAAGAAUUCCUCUUAAGUCUGUUGUCCUGUAUAUUGAUACGACAAGCCUAUUCUGAUGGACAUAAUGAAUUUGAUGUUGAAUUUGUGGUGGAAUGUAUUUUUUUGUAUAAUCUGCAACAGUCUGAGAGCUACGCAAAAGGUCUAAAUGUUAAAGUAUUUUUUAGCAAUAUUCAGACCGGUCAAGUUUAAAGGAAACAUUUGUUGUUUUACCCUGUGCUUUGUUAGGAGUUUGAACUUCUGCCAUAGUGGGAUUGAACUAAUGCGAUCAUUUAAAAUAAAUCAUAUGCACUGAUUAGAAAGGUUUGCACAUCAUAACAGUAUACAUAAAAAUAAAACUACGAUAAAACAAUGCACAGCUGUACAGUUUACAGUUCAGUGCACUUUUUAAUACUGAAUUUGGAGAAAAUAAAAUUAAAGGAAAAAAUGGCAAGAUUUACAAAACAAACUCUCUGCACCCCGUAUGAUCAGUUUACCCAUCUCUUAAAAAAAAUGAAAUCCAUUCAAUUUUGUGUAAUUGCAGCCUUUUUAUUUUGUUGACUGUUUCAGUGUGACAGUAAGAAUAUAGAAGGCAAGAGUGUGUUGUGAUGUGUGUUUUGAUAUGUUCAUUAGCACAAUGUGCUUAAUUAUAUGUGUGACCAGUUUCCAGCCUCUUGUCACUGGUCUGGGAUCAGUGAUGACAUUUCUUUAACUGGAAACUCAGGAGACUUUUAUACAUCUCAUGUUAUCUCUAUGUGAAGAGAUGCACCAGCGAGGUUUAUUGUAUCCAGUGU